CGCCCUCACUCCAGCAAGUUCCAAGAUGUCAUGAACGAAACAGCCACAAGUUUCCCAGGACCGGGAGAAGAGAGAACAGAGCGAGAGACGCUGCUAGACAGAUUGCAAGGUAAUGAGCCUUUCGACCAAGACACGCUGGAUGCUGUCUGGGCGUACCAUCAGCGCCACUCGUCCAAGUGGGGUACUGUCCUCGACUUGGGGUGCGGCUUCGGCCCACUUCUGCCCCAGCUGAGCCAGCGCUUUAAGCGCGUUGUGGCGAGAGACCCAGACGCCGAAUCAAUACAGCUUGCGAAAGCUCUCUUAUGGCUCGGUGACGAGGCGCUCGCAGCACAUGGUCUGCCUGCCAUCCAUCGCGGCACUCACUUCGAUAUCGCCGUGGGCUCAGACUCGGGCCUCGACGUGGCCCCGUCAUCUGUCGACUGCAUCAUUGCGGCUUCCUCAGCCCAUCUCUGGGACUGGUACGAUCCAGCGGGCCUGUACUCGCGACUGGCAAACAUCCUACGGCCGGGAGGCACCCUCAUCAUCCUUGGCACCAAACCGAUUGCCCUCCCACCGACUGCACGCUCUGGCAGGCCGAGCUGCUUGACAACAUUGACCGCUCAUCCUGUCAAACACGUCGGAGCUGAAGCUGAGCAGAGCCCGAGCAGCAUGCUAGGGUCAGAGUCCCUAUACUCGACGCUUCUCAUGCCCGCGGACAACAGCCAGUGGGAUGUGGCCAGCCACAGCUACUGGAUCUUUGGACCGUACCGCGCUGCAGGCUUCGUCGAUGUCGAGAGCCAGGAUCCGCCAGACUGGCUAGCAAAGCAUAUUGCUGAGUGUCUGCGGGCCUCGAAGGAAGGGCAGGUGGAUUCGAGUGACAAGACAUGGACGCCUAGAGGGAUCGCGGCCUGGCUACGUCAAACGCCUCUUUUCGCCAGUCUGCGUGAAGCUGAUCCUCGUGAGCGCAUGCUCGCCUCUCUCGACCAAGACAGAGCGGCCCAGCUGGUGCGCGGCGCCUGCGAGGAGGACGGGGGAGUCGGGUGGGACGACAAGGUGGGCAGAAGCAGCAUCGAAGUCAUUUGGGCGCUGAGCAGGCGAGCCAGAUAACGAGGCCGAAAUGAGUGGGUCCUGUCAUUUGCCAAACAGGCUUUGCAGCAUAAAUGAUACCAUUGUCUCGGAG